UUGUGAACCCCACUUCUCACAGGUGUCCAUAUCGUGAACCGCGGGUGUACUACACCCCUCCCGCCAUUUCCAAGGGGGUAUAACUAACGGAGUCAAUUGUACCCCGGAGACCGUCAACACGCGUCGGCUCCAAAAUUAAUAUUUCCUGUUGCGACAAAACGCCGUUACAGUCAUGGGAAAUGGAAGAGCUAAAAGUACUAGUCUACGAUAUUCUGCUUCUCCACCAUUCUCUUCCGUUCACACACAAACUGCUAACCCUACCCCCAAGAAAUUCUGUGGUUUCUAGAAGGAAUAUAUUCUCAAAAUUGAGCUCCUUUUUGUGCUGCCCAUCAGAUUAUUGUUGGUUCGAGCUUCAUGGGAACUCACUUAUAUCAAGAGAUGAGGAGACUGCAGAGUCUUGUGUCUAGCCUAACUGCAGAGAUAGAUGUAAAGAAUGAAAGGAUGGAAUACAUGGAAAGAAGGACGACCGACUUAUCUACGUCCCUUGCUAUAAUGACUGUUGAGAGAGAUAAACUGAAUCAAGCUUUUCUUCAGCUCUCCACGUCACUUAAUAGAAUGACGGAAGAAAGGGAUCAGCUAAUUCAAGCUCAUCUUGAAGAGAUGAGAAGUAUGCAGAGGAUUGUGUACGAGAAUGAGAUGCUUAUGAGGGACUUAGAGACUCGCAAUAGAGAACUCGAGCAGCAACGUAGGGAGAUUAACAAGCGUGAGGCCCAAUUGGAUCUCAGAAGCAAGCAACUUUCUCUCUUAAGGGAAGAGGUUACAAGAAAGCUAAGUACUGUGCAACAGAAUUUUGAAAGAGCGAAAGAUACAAGUAAUGGAGAAAAUGUUCAAGCCUUAACAGAGGUGGAGGAUAUGCGCAAAAAACUGGAAGAGAAAGAUUAUGAGUUGGAUAGUUUGACUAAUCUAAAUAACACCCUUAUCGCCAAAGAGCGCGGAAGUAACCAUGAGCUACAGGAGGCACGCAAAGUUUUGAUCGAGGGUUUAGAUGGGUUUGCAAAUAAUGGUACGCGUCCUCCUGUAAUUGGGAUAAAACGGAUGGGGGAGCUGAAUGACAAACCAUUUCGAGAUAUUUGCAUCAAGAAGUUCUCAGCUACAGAAUGGGAAACAAAAUCUGUUGAGCUAUGCUCGUUGUGGCAAAAUAGAAUACAAGAUUCAGGGUGGUAUCCUUAUAAGCAUGUGACAGUCGAUAAAAAGCCUCAUGAAGUUAUAAAUGAAGAUGAUACAAAGUUGAGAGAGCUGAAAGAUGAAUGGGGCAAGGAAGUACAUGAUGCUGUAGCCAGUGCUUCACUGGAGAUGAAUGAGUACAAUGCAAGUGGAAGAUAUCCAGUUCGGGAGCUUUGGAAUUUCAAGGAAGGAAGGCAAGCCAGCUUGAAGGAAGUAAUGGAGUACGUCCUACAAAAAUUGAAAGCUCUUAAAAGUGUUAAACGUCGAAGAUAAUAGAUCAAGGUUUUUCCAGAUGAGUGAAAUUUGGUAGAUCAGUGACACCAUACUAGAUAGAACAAGUUAACAGAAGCUGCAAGACUUAGUAGGCGAAGGAAAAAUGCACAUAACUAACUGGAACCUGAGGAAACAUUAGAUAAGUUGCUAGAAAUGCUUGAAUGCUUAGUGAAUUGUGUUAACUGAAGUUUUGGAGGAUGGAUGCCCUUAUCCUUAUGAUCUUAAGUUUUCUUGCAACUAAAGGCUGGAAGGAUAUUCAUCAUUCUGCGUUUCAAUGCAAUGCCGUACAAUUCUUAUCAGUUUUUAUCCAAAUUUUCGUUUGUACAUAUUUUUCAA